AUGAGAUAUGUGAAACCCAAUGACGACAUGGAAAAUCUGACGUAUCCAGUGCAGACGAUCGAUUAUUGCUACAUGGUGCCACUACCGGAAAAUGUGCCCAUAAAUGAGCUGUUCGUUGGCAUCGUACCAAUUCCAAUUCUAUUUUGCAUAUUCGCGUUCAUAGUUAUUUUCGCUGCAUUACUGACCCACUUCAACAAGCGCAAGCAGAUCAAUUUUAUCAACCUAUUUCUAAAUGAUCAAAGCAUUCGCGGCAUGCUGAGCCAGUCUUUUGUGAUAGUCGCUCAACCGAGCGUUAAAACCAAGUUCGUCGUAUUUUUGCUAUGCUAUAUGAGCAUCAUUACCAAUACCACUUACCAAGCUUACCUGCAGUCCUUUCUCACCCAUCCUCCGCUUCUGCCGAUGCAUCGUAGUUACGAAGACUUGGAAGCUGCUGGUUUGAAAAUUGUAUUUCCUUCACACGAUAGAUCAGUCAUAAAACAGAAUCAGAGCCUUUUGGAACACAUGCAUCUUGUAAAAUUCAUUCCAGAAUUCGAAGAGUGGCUGAAGCUUCGUUCACGCAUGAAUACAAAAUAUGUAUAUCCAGUGUCGAAUAUUCGCUGGGAGAUCUUCGAAUUCCAACAGAGUUUCUUCAACCGGCCGAUAUUCUACUUCAAUUCCGACUUGUGCUUGUACAGAAAUACGUUUGUCUGUAUGCCCAUUCGUACAGACCUGCCCUAUCGCGAUUUGUUGGACGACUUUGUGCUGCGUCUGCAUUCUUCGGGUAUUAUGAAAGAGUGGGUGUCUUUGAACUUUUUUGUGCUGGCGAAACUAAAAAGGGUAGUGUUUCUGGAUUUGAGCAAACCGUUCAACUAUGGACGACCGUUGGUGGUGGAUGAUUUCUUUUGGAUUAAAAUGCUGUAUAUCGGAAGUAUGUCGUUGGGUAUGCUGGCUUUUUUAGGCGAAAUUUUGUACUACCGUUCGAAGUAUGAUUACCAAAUUGCAUCAGCAUAA